CGCUCUCCUCCCACGUGGGGCUGUUCGGGCUUCGGCGACAGUCAGCCGGAAGGAGUUGUCGGUUCCCUAGUUCCGCGAGCCCGGCGAUUCGCCCUCCCUCAGUCGGCAACCUUCCACGUGGGGCCGCGCGGGAGGAGCGGAGCGGGGCCUUUGAGGGGAGCGGCGAUCCCGCCGGCCCCGGUCUCUUUCCCUAGCGGAGGCGGCGGCUUCUUCCGUAGGACAAUAUGUUCAAGAGAAUGGCCGAAUUUGGGCCUGACUCCGGCGGGAGAGUGAAGGGGGUUACUAUUGUUAAAGCAAUAGUUUAUGGUAAUGUUGCCCGUUACUUUGGAAAGAAAAGAGAGGAAGAUGGACACACUCAUCAGUGGACGGUAUAUGUAAAACCUUAUAGAAAUGAGGAUAUGUCAGCAUAUGUGAAGAAAAUCCAGUUUAAAUUACAUGAAAGCUAUGGUAAUCCUUUAAGAGUUGUUACUAAGCCUCCAUAUGAAAUUACCGAAACAGGAUGGGGUGAAUUUGAAAUAAUCAUCAAAAUAUUUUUCAUUGAUCCUAAUGAAAGACCUGUAACCCUAUAUCACUUACUAAAGCUGUUUCAGUCAGACACCAAUGCAAUGCUGGGAAAAAAGACAGUAGUUUCAGAGUUUUAUGAUGAAAUGAUAUUUCAAGAUCCAACAGCAAUGAUGCAGCAAUUACUGACAACAUCUCGUCAGCUUACAUUAGGAGCCUAUAAGCAUGAAACAGAAUUUGCAGAACUUGAAGUGAAAACCAGAGAAAAACUGGAAGCUGCAAAGAAAAAAACAAGCUUUGAAAUUGCAGAACUUAAAGAGAGAUUAAAAGCAAGUCGUGAAACUAUAAAUUGCUUAAAAAAUGAAAUCAGGAAACUUGAAGAAGAUGAUCAGACAAAAGAGAUAUGA